UAAUUAUUUUUUUAAACUGACGAUUUGAAAUUUUAAUUUAAACUACCGAAAAGUUCACUGAGGGCGUUCAUUAAGUGCCAUAUGUGUAGUAUCGUAGUGCGGUAAGAUUCGACUUCAGGAUGGCUGCCACGCAAACUAUCCAAGAAUGCUUUAAAGGCAAAAACAUUUUCCUGACCGGAGGAAGUGGAUUCAUUGGGAAAGCUUGCAUUGAAAAAUUUCUGCGCUCUUGUCCCGAUUUGGGCAAGAUUUACAUUCUGAUGCGACCCAAAAAGGGAAAGUCCCUAGAAGAGCGACUGGAGCAAAUUACGUCUUCUACGCUGUUCGAGAAACUGAAGCAAAUGUACCCUGAGAACCUAAAGAAAAUUAUUCCCAUCAAGGGAGACGUGCUUACACUCGGACUAGGGAUAUCCGAUGAAGACCGAAAGCUGCUCAUUCAGGAUGUGCACUUUAUUUGCCAUACAGCAGCAUCUGUUAAGUUCGACGACUUUCUAAAAGAUGCCAUUUUCACCAAUAUCAGAGCAGCUAGGGAAGUGGCUCUCUUAGCACUGGAAAUGAAAAAUAUCCAAGUGUUCCUACACGUAUCGACCACGUAUUGCAACAUAGAUGGUAAGAAGAUAGUGGAUGAAGUCCUUUACCCUCAGCAUGGCGACUGGAAGGAAGCAAUUUGCGCUGCUGAGUCAAUGGAUAGUCAUACGCUGAAUGUGCUCACGCAAAAAUUCAUGGAACCUUUUCCCAACACGUACACCUACACCAAACAAUUGGCAGAAUACUGUAUUAACGACAUGCUGGUGGGAAAAGUGCCUGCCAUCAUCUGCAGACCUUCAGUUGUGGUCAGCACCUUGGUGGAGCCUUUCCAGGGCUGGAAUGACAACUUCAAUGGACCUGUAGGAUUGCUGUUGGCUGGAGGGGCUGGAAUCCUCAGAACAGUCUAUGGAGAUCCAGACGUAAUUCCAGAUUACGUGUCAGUCGAUAGUGUCGCUAAGAUCAUCAUUAUGGCCUUGUGGCACAAGGCAGUUUUAGGGCAAAAAUCCAGCCUAUCCAUAUACCAAGCCAGCAAAUACAAUGAGCAGAUAGUGAAGCAAAACUAUCUAGUGGAAACGGGCAGGCGAUUGUACUGGGAAGUGCCCUUUAAGAACAAAAUUUGGUUUCCUGGCAACUCCAUGACCAAGUACUUCCUUAUUUUCUACAUCAAUGUGCUUCUCUUCCAUGUACUGCCCGCCCUUUUCGUCGAUUUGCUGCUGUUAUUGUCCGGCCGAUCUCCUUUCUUGUUCAAAUUACAAAGGAAAAUCUACAUUGCCAACAUAGCGGUGAGUCACUUCAUGUUAAACCAAUGGCUGUUCGUGAACGACAACAGCAAACGACUUCAUACGUAUCUGCCAGAUGAAAACAAGGAUGCGUUCGACAUCAAUCAACUACCAUUAACUGAAGACGAGCAAUACACGUUUUACCUCAAAAGUUGCGAUUAUGCUAGAAGGUAUUUGAUUAAAGAGUACGACGAUGUUACUGAAGAAACCCGAACUAAGACCAAGAG